AUGGGCAAAGCUCAAUCGAAAUACAAUAGAAACCGUUCCCAAUCCUGCACGAAUCCAACCAGAGAUCGCGAAUUUUGUGGCAAAAGAAAGUACUCGAUAUCUUCUUAUGCCCUUCCCUUGAACAAUAACGAAGUGGACAGGUUGACGUCGCAACAUUAUAUCUUUAACAAUAUAUGGGGAGGUGACUUUUCUUCGCCCGUUCAUGGUCUGUUAGAAAGCGAUGGGGCAAAAGUCUUGGACGUAGGAUGCGGUCCAGGAGUUUUUGUGCUCGAGAUGGCAAACCGAUAUCCAAAAACCUCAUUCACUGGCAUAGAUAUUGCGGACGCUUACCCACAUUUUAUCAAACCUGAAAACACGUCAUUUAAAAGAGCGAAUAUUACCAAUGGAUUACCGUUUGCUGACAACUCUUUUGAUUUUGUAUAUAUGCGCUUCAUGAUGUUUGCCCUCAAGAUAAAAGAGUGGCCGUUUAUAAUUAAUGAGCUUGCUCGUGUAUGUAAACCCGGAGGUUGGAUCGAAGUGAUGGAAAGGGAUAUUUACUGGUACAAUGAAGGAGAGAGAACAAAUAAGUGGAGAACAAAGGUUGUUGAAGGAUUAAGAAAUGAGAAAGGAAUUGAACUGAGCAUAUGUUCACACAUUCCUGAAUUUUUCAAAGCAAACGAGCAACUAACUAAUUUCGCGAGUGACGAAAGAAUACAACCACUGGGAUCUUGGGCUGGUAAAGCCUACGCACAAAGCAUUAUGUGGGGAGCGAAGAAUCUAUCCCAGGCUAUAUCAACCAUAAGCUUUGAAGAAGGAGAGUAUAAAGAGUUGGUGGGAAUAGCCAUGAAAGAACUUGACAAGAACAAAGCUUUUGACAAAAGUCAUCGAUUUUGGGCCAUGAAAAAGCCCCUGUAA